CAUACACCCUUCUUCUAGCUCCUACGCCCACACAACCGCCGAACCCAAUUCCUUCCUCCUCCUCCUCCUGGCGCUGCGGCUGCUCUGCUCUCUCUCCCACGCACACACAUCCCCACGCAUCGUCUUCUCCUCUCCCCCAUGGGGGACUCAUCGGUGCCGGGCGCGCUGGUGCCGACGGUGCCGAAGCCGGAGCCGGCGCGGUCUGGGGACGGGUCCGCCGCCGCGCAAGCCGUGGUGGCGCGGCAGCAGGCGGAGGAGGCGGGCGCGGCCUCGCGGUCGCCGGAGGUGGAGGAGGAGGAGGAGCAGGCGCUGGCGGACGGCGAGGCGGCGGCGGCGGCGGGCGCGCCAGACGGGGACCUGCUGUGCCCGAUCUGCAUGGGCGUCAUCAAGGACGCCUUCCUCACCGCCUGCGGCCACAGCUUCUGCUACAUGUGCAUCGUCACGCACCUCGGCCACAAGAGCGACUGCCCUUGCUGCGGCAACUACCUCACCAAAGCGCAGCUCUACCCCAACUUCCUCCUCGACAAGGUCGUGAAGAAAAUGUCGGCCCGCCAAAUUGCAAAGACAGCAUCUCCCGUUGAUCAAUUUCGACAUGUUGUGCAACAGGGAAACGAUAUGACAGUUAAAGAGCUAGACAGCCUUAUGACUUUGAUUGCUGAGAAGAAGAGACAAAUGGAACAACAAGAAUCCGAGACAAAUAUGCAAAUAUUGCUAGUCUUCUUGCACUGCCUUAGAAAGCAAAAACUGGAAGAGUUGAAUGAGAUUCAAACUGAUCUACAGUACAUCAAAGAUGAUAUAAGCAGUGUGGAGAGACAUAGGUUAGAUUUGUAUCGAACAAAAGAAAGAUACUCCAUGAAGUUGCGCAUGCUUUUGGAUGAACCUGCCGCAUCAAAGAUGUGGUCCUCUCCUACGGACAAACCUAGCAGUCUCUUUGCCUCCAAUUCUCGGGCACCGCUUAGUGCAUCAUCUCAAGGGGGUUUACAGAAUAGGAGGCUUGAUUUGAGACAUCAGGCAAACCAUCAGGGAUUUCAAAGGAGGGAAGCCCUUGCUAGCUCAGACCCUCCUAAUCCCCCCAUGCAAUCUGGCAAUGUUAUUGCUCGGAAGAGGCGAGUUCAAGCACAGUUUAACGAGCUUCAAGAAUACUAUCUGCAAAGACGGCGUAAUGGAGCACAGUCACGCAGGCAGGAGGAAAGAGACACCGUUAUGAUGAAUAAAGAAGGUUAUCAUGCGGGUCUUGAUGAUUUUCAGUCAGUUCUAACGACAUUCACUCGAUACAGUCGCUUGCGGGUUAUUGCGGAACUUAGACAUGGAGACCUGUUUCACUCUCCAAACAUUGUUUCGAGUAUUGAAUUUGAUCGUGAUGAUGAGCUAUUCGCUACUGCAGGAGUCUCGAAGCGCAUUAAAGUCUUUGAAUUUUCUACAGUUGUUAAUGAGCCAUCAGAUGUCCACUGCCCAGUCGUUGAAAUGGCUACCAGAUCUAAACUCAGCUGUCUUAGCUGGAACAAGUACUCGAAGAAUGUUAUAGCAAGCAGUGAUUAUGAGGGUAUAGUUACUGUUUGGGACGUUCAAACUCGCCAGAGUGUGAUGGAGUAUGAAGAGCAUGAGAAAAGGGCAUGGAGUGUUGAUUUUUCACGUACAGAGCCCUCAAUGCUAGUAUCUGGGAGUGAUGAUUGCAAGGUCAAAGUGUGGUGCACAAAACAGGAAGCAAGCGCUAUCAACAUUGAUAUGAAAGCAAAUAUUUGCUCUGUUAAAUAUAAUCCUGGAUCGAGCUAUUAUGUAGCGGUCGGAUCUGCUGAUCACAAUAUUCAUUAUUUUGAUUUACGGAAUCCAAGUACACCUCUCCAUAUUUUUGGCGGGCACAAGAAAGCUGUCUCUUAUGUGAAGUUCUUGUCUAAUAAUGAGCUUGCAUCUGCAUCAACUGAUAGCACAUUGCGGUUAUGGGAUGUCAAGGAAAAUUGCCCAGUAAGGACCUUCAGAGGGCACAAAAAUGAGAAGAACUUUGUUGGGCUGUCUGUGAGUAACGAUUAUAUUGCUUGCGGGAGUGAAACGAAUGAGGUUUUCGUUUACCACAAGGCUAUCUCAAAACCUGCUUCCAGUCAUAGGUUUGUAUCCUCCGAUGUGGAUGAUGCUGAUGAUGACCCUGGGACUUAUUUCAUUAGCGCUGUCUGCUGGAAGAGUGAUAGCCCUACCAUGUUAACUGCUAACAGUCAGGGGACGAUUAAAGUUCUUGUGCUCGCUCCUUGACGUGAUCAAGGGCUUUCUGAGAUCCAUAGCUAGCUUGUGUAUAUCAUAUAUAUAUCCAGUCGUUUCAUUGUUGUGCCGUUAUAUGUCCCAAAGUGGGAGUGGAGGCAUAUUGAUCUCUCCAUUGUAGGGCGCGGAAUUUUGGAGACAGUCAGCUGACAUAGAGUUUCGAGGGCUCGGAAUGUGCAUAGUGGUGGUUCUGUUGUACAGGGGGUAAAGCAGUCGACUUAUCAUUUAUAUGCGGUGAGAAAUAAGCCUUGAAUGAAAGCCAGGCUUGAAUGUUUAGGAACUGUGGGAAGAUACGCACUGCUGAGCACACCGGCAAUAAAACAUUGGUUCAUCGCGCUUCUUAUGUGAGUAACCAAGGUGUUCGGUUAGGCUUAA